CAGGGUUUAAGGGUUACUCUCACUCACACUUCCGCUGGUAAGAAAUUCGAUUUCGAUGCGUAUAAUCUGUCUUCCGCUUUUUUUUUUGGUUUUGAAAUCGACAACCUUUUUUUGCGGACUUGUUGGGUUAAAUUCGUAUAUCUUCAAUUUUGCGAUGAGUUUUCACUUUUCCAAUCGAAAUAGCAAAUGGGCAUUAGCUAAUUUCCUGAAUUGUUUCACAAGAUUGGAUAGAAGCAGCCAUGGCAAGUCUGAUAAUGACUACACCAUUCCCAGGUUCUGUCACUGCAUGUAAGAAGACAAAUAACCUGUCUGUUCAGAGAGCCUUUAAGGUGACUUGUAUGCAGACAGAGAAACCAUUAGAGGAGCUAUACAAUGUUAAAGUGGAACGGAAAGUUUCACAGAAACGGUUGGAGGAACUCGGGGUUUCGAGAUGGUCAGUUUGGAAGACAGGGAAAUGCAAAUUGCCAUGGGAUUGGCAGGUGGAUCAGUUGGUUUACAUUGAACAAGGAGAGGUUCGAGUAGUUCCCGAAGGAAGCAAGAGGUAUAUGCAGUUUUUAGCUGGAGAUCUUGUUCGGUAUCCGAAAUGGUUGGAAGCUGAUCUUUUCUUUAACGCUCCUUAUAUUGAGCGGUAUUGUUUCAAGGCCUAUGGUGAUGAUUGAUCCAACUUAGACUUUUGAGUUUUUAGUAGAGCCAAGAAACUUUACACUUGUUGUGUGUUGUUGUAGCCUGAUGGAUCUUUUUGUGAUAAUAUAAGAAAACAAGUUCUCUCUCCU